UUUCUUUCUGAUAUAGAGAAUAAUAACACAAACUUCCAAUUCACAAAUUCCCAUAAAUUUGUCUGGGUGGGGUUUAUAGCAUGAAUCAACAGAUCAAAAUUUGAGGCUUUUGUCUGAGAAGCCAUUGUAUGAAAGGAAACAGACAGCUGAGCUGAGGGAUGAGGAAUUGUGGCAGAGGGGACAUUGAAAAAGCAAAGGGGAUGACUCAUCUACAAAUCUGAAGAAGUUACUUGUAGAAAGAGGUGUAUGCAUCUUUAAAGAACUAAAUACUAUUUUUAAUUUAACUAAAAUUUGACCAGAGGAAACAUCUUGGAGGAGAUUACCAAAUAUUAAAGGUAGAGUGAAGAUAACUAGAGAGGAACAGAUGUUUUUCGUGGAAGUUAAUGUCUCUAAGUUAACAAACCAGCAGGAAUCUGUAGGAAUACAGCACGCCCAGUUGGCAAACAGCAGGACCUCACAUGUUUGUUUAGCUGUAUGUACAUAUGCUUAGGUGUAUUAAGGAAGCUGUAGAGACAGAACACUGGGACCACAUUAACAGAUGUGACUGCACUGCUAAACUUUUACUCUGAAAAAAGAAGUCCUUCUGAACGAGGUUCACAUGUUUGAUAUUUGGAAGCAGUAUUGAUCGGGUGCAGAGAAAAUGGGGCAAAACCCAUCACAACAGGUGCCUCUGAAGGACAGUGACGGGGCUCUCAGCAUCUGUGAGGUGGUCAGUGAAGCUAUGGUCCACGCAGCUCAGAAACUGAAGGAGUAUCUUGGAUUUGAAGCCCCUCUGAGCAAUCUACGCCCAGCUUCAAACACGCUGAAUGAGAUCUUCUUAAUCCACUUCAUCACUUUCUGCCAGGAAAAGGGAGUUGACGGCUGGCUCACCACCACCAAGAUGACCAAGCACCAAGCCUUACUGUUUGGGGCAGACUGGAUUUGGACCUUUUGGGGGGCUGAUAAGCAAAUAAGGCUUCAGCUGGCGGUACAGACUCUGCAGAUGUCUUCUCUUCCUCCUGUGGAAUCUAAGCCUUGUGACCUCUCCGAUCCAGAAUCCAGGGCAGAGCAGUCUGCCAGGAAGAGAAGUAGGUUCGAUAAGCUGGAAGAAUUCUGCAACUUGAUAGGAAAGGAUUGUCUGGGCCUCUUUAUCAUCUUUGGUGUGCCAGGAAAGCCUAAAGACAUCAGAGGCGUUGUCUUGGACAGUGUCAAACGUGAGACAGUGAGGAACCAUCUGCCAGGAGGGAAGGCUGUGGCACGAUUUGUCCUGGAAACUGAAGAUUGUGUCCCCAUCAGAGAGCUGCUUGGAAACUGUCUGAGUAAGAAAGAUGAGCUGCGAGAGGUGGGCAAGGUUUAUAUUAGCAUCCUCUGAACUGGAUAUGUGUGAUGAGACUGCCCUGUAAGAUGAAAACAAAAAAAAUCCUUUAUUCUAAUAAGCAAGUUCAUCCACUUGCAUCAUCCCAGCAUGGGAUUCCCCUCUCCUGCCUCCCCCCAUUGAAUAACAGUGACCACCUGGCUCAAAACAUAUGAAUGUCAUUGAUUAUGCAGAGGAAGAAAAACCUUGCCUAUGGCUGGGAAGACUUACCAUUUAGCUUAAUCUUUCACUUAUUUAUUCAACAAUAAAAGUAGAAGGAGAGGAUAAUAAAGUCACCCUUAAAGCUUGAUUUGCCAAAAAAAGAAAAAAAUGUAUCUUUGUUUGAAAUAAGUGUAACACUUGAAAGUGUAAAAUGUGUUUUUACUGCUGUGGGUGGGAGGUGGGUAGGAUGAGGUGAUGGGUAAGACUACAGAAUGGGUUUAACUACAUUUACAAUACCAGUUUCAAUGCAGAACUCCUAAGCAAAACCUCACACCUCUCUCUUCCUCCUACCCUGCCAGUACUUCUACUUCAUCCCAAGCUGCUUCCUCUGCGCAGAGGACCCUGGUGGGACUCACUUUGGAAUCUCCUUGAGUGUUAACUUCACGUACAAUUUAAACACAGUAACCCAUAUAACGAUCCCUUGUGAUAAUGAUUAACAUUUUUUUAUCCUCUGUAAUAAGGAAAGUGUGUUCACAUAUAAAAACCAUUUUUGCUUAAAAGCUUGGGGGGGAUUAUAAGAGUACUGUAGGGGAGGAAAAAUAAUUUUCCCUCUACCCUUCUAGAGGAUAGAAGCAAAAAAAUGCUUAAAAGUGUAAAUGGAGGAUAGUUUCAUUCACACCAAUUGCUGAAUGCCUGUUACCUGUUAGGCCCUGUGCUGUGCCCUGCCAAUCCAGCAGUAAAGAGAACAAAGUCCCUACUCUCAGAGAGUUUCCCUCUUAAUGGUGGAAGACAGACAAUAAGCAACAAUAAACAAAGAUAUAUACAUAUAUUUAAAAUGCAUAUUUAAGAAAAAUAUAUCAGGGCCACUGUAAAGAAAAAUAAAGCCCGAGUAAGAGAACAGACAGGGAAGAAGGUGCAAUUUUGUAGUGGGUGCUUAAGGAAAGCGUCAAUGAGGCGGCGGCAAUGGACCAGAGAUCUGAAUGAAGAGACAGCAUCAGUGUAGAUAUCUGGAAGAGAGUGUUCUGGGCAUGGGGAACUGCAAAUGCAAGGGGCCUGAAAUGGAAGUGGAUGUGGUGUGUUGGAGGCACAGCUAGGAGGCUAGUGUGGAUGGAGCAGGGAGCCAGGGGGCGAGUGACAGGAGAUGAGGUAGAAGUAGCCAGCAAACGCAUCAGGCAGAUCAUACUUUUCAGGACUCUAGAUUUCAUUCUGAGUGAUAUGGGGAGAGAAAUGCCUCGAUCUGAUUGACACUUUAAAAACCUCACUUGAUUGCUGGGUGCAGACUAGAUUGUAGGGCGAAAAGAGUGGAAGCAGAGCCCAGGGGGACAGCUAAGAAGGUAUUAAAGUAAUCCUGAUGAGAGAAAAGGGUGGCCUGGACCAAAGUGGUAGAGGAGGAGAGGUGAAGAGCUCAGCAAUAGUUGAAGGUGAAGCAUACCGCUUUUGCUGAUGAUUGCAUGGAGGAUAUGAAAUAUGUCACAAUUAGAAUCCUGUAUUUCCAAACUUUGAUAAUAAGAAUAAAUGUAAGGGAAGAAAUAAAUUUGUCUUUGACAUUCCUUCAUUCCAGGAAACCAAAAGAUUAAGAAAAGCAGUAAAGGGAAAUAGGGAUGAAUAGGCCCAGGAGACAUCUCUUGAAGUUAAAAAAUAAUUAUUCUUACUUGGAAUGUGCCUCAAAUGUUUUAAUACCCAGUCAAUUAUGUUCCCUUGGCGUGUAGUGACCCCUGUCUGCAGGAAUGCUAUAAAGAAGAAGUUAUCAGGAAAAUAGCAUCAUAUGGUAAAAAGAAUAUUCAGCUUGGAAUCAGAUGUGGGUUUGAGUCUCAGUUCUUUUAAGAGCAGACUCUAGUGGCUUAACUGUUUUUUCGUGUGUAAAAUGGGAUGGCUUCAACUAAUUCAAAGGAGACAAUGCUGUGACAAUAUUUGCUAUACUAAAAUGGAAGCUUACGAAAAUUUUGAAGAAUCUAGUACAAAUUGUAACUAUUCACGUUAUAAACAGCUGGAAGCUAUAAAUCAAAGAUUCAUCUUUUUUUAAAUUAAAAUAAAAAUGUGGAGCUAAUUUUAAAAAUACUGUAUUCUCAUUUAUUAGUUUUUUAAAAGUCUGCAUUCUGGCUUAAAAAUUCAAGUACAGAAGUGAAGAAAGUUAAGUCUUUGGGAGUCUCACCUUCACCUCCAUACCCACUCUCUCCAGCUUGCUGUUUACCCUUCCAGAACAUGUAUUGCAUAUUAAAAAUAUUUUACCUAAAUGCAAUCAUGUGAUCUGUAAA